GAGGCCUGGGGCGGGGCGGGCCUCCGGGGCUCCCGGGACGCCGGGACCCCGCGCGUCGCCCGCAGGCCCGGCGAGGCCCGGGCCGAGGGAGCAGCCAGGACCCAGGCGGGCGCCGGCUCGGCGGAGGUAACGAGAGGAACCAAGAGCUUCAGGCAGGACAAACACAGCCAGGAAACGUGAACCCCAGGCCUCAGAAGGUGGGCAGACUCAAAUUAGGUCCUUCAGAAGACUAACUCCCAUUGGAAAGAUUAGAUUCUUAAGCUAUGAAAACCUCCCGAGAGCCAGCCUGUGCCUGGGCCAGGGUGCUCAGGGGCCAGGAAGCGCAGAGGUACGCAGUGAGCCAGUGGAGCUGGUAGCAGAGAGUGGGCAGUGCCAGGAGAGCCUCCCGCCACCUGCUCCUUAGCAGAAUGUGACUUCUGUAACAGGCUGAGGACUGAUGUGCCCUGCGUCACUCCUGGUUAUGAUAACAUGAAAAACACCCACCCCCAGGGUUCUGCGCAGACCCUCACAGGCAAGUGAGCAGAGGAAGAACUGUUGAAUGGCUGACAUUUGACAACAUGCACCACCAGUGGCUUCUGUUGGCCGCAUGCUUUUGGGUGAUUUUCAUGUUCAUGGUGGCUAGCAAGUUCAUCACGUUGACCUUUAAAGACCCAGAUGUGUACAGCACCAGACAGGAGUUUCUGUUCCUGACAGCCAUGCCAGAAAUGGAGAGGUCGCCAGAGGAGAAGCACUUUCCUGAGGAACUAAAGCCCAUGGGGACAGUGCUUGUGGAACGCCAGCUCCUUCAACCCCUGGUCUAUAUGAAGCGCCUGGAACUCAUCAGAAAUGUCUGCAGGGAUGAAGCCCUGAAGAAUCUCUCACACACGGCUGUCUCCAAGUUUGUCCUGGACCGAAUAUUUGUCUGCGACAAGCACAAGAUUCUUUUCUGCCAGACUCCCAAAGUGGGCAACACGCAGUGGAAGAAAGUGCUGAUUGUUCUAAAUGGGGCGUUUCCUUCCAUUGAAGAGAUCCCUGAGAACGUGGUUCACGACCAUGAGAAGAAUGGCCUCCCUCGACUCUCUUCCUUCAGCGGUGCAGAGAUUCAGAAGCGGUUGAAAACCUACUUCAAGUUUUUUAUCGUAAGAGAUCCCUUUGAAAGACUUAUUUCUGCAUUUAAGGAUAAGUUUGUUCACAACCCCCGGUUUGAACCUUGGUACAGGCACGAGAUUGCCCCCAGCAUCAUCAGGAAGUACAGGAGGAACCGGACGGAGACCCGGGGGAUCCAGUUUGAAGAUUUUGUGCGCUACCUGGGUGAUCCGAACCACAGGUGGCUUGACCUUCAGUUUGGGGACCACAUCAUUCACUGGGUGACGUACGUAGAGCUCUGCGCACCCUGCGAGAUCAAGUACAGUGUGAUCGGACACCACGAGACCCUGGAGGACGAUGCCCCAUACAUCCUAAAGGAGGCUGGCAUAGACCACCUGGUGUCGUACCCGACCAUCCCUCCGGGCAUCACUGUGUAUAACAGAACCAAGGUGGAGCACUACUUCCUGGGCAUCAGCAAACGGGACAUCCGGCGCUUGUAUGCACGUUUUGAAGGGGACUUUAAGCUCUUUGGGUAUCAGAGACCAGAUUUUUUGCUAAACUAAUGGAUAGGACCUAGGAAUUCAAGAAUCUCUGUUAGUCUAGGGCCUAGCCAGGUGGAGAUCUGAGCACAGAAAUGACAUUUUCCUCCAUCACACCCCUCAGUGAGACUCCCAAGAUCUCUCAUGAGUGCCUGGGUAAGUGACACUGUGCCCUGUUACAACUGAGCUGGGACGUGAGAUGCACUAGGGCCCCUCCCCCAACCCCACCAGGGUCGGGACGAUGCUCGUCCGGCCUCCCUCUCCUCAGAGGGGAGAAAGAACUGAACAUCUGUAGUCUGACAGGGCAACGGGAGGGAGCAUUUCGCAUCAUUAACAGCCAUUUUCCUCAGUUGUCAAAGUGACGGUUGUGCCCGUGGCUCACCUGGCUGGUCAGGGGUGGUCCUGCCUGACAGCAGUGGACUGCGGGAGGGACACCUAGCAUUUUCCGGAGGGAUGGAGAUGCAAAGGGACCACAACGUCGCAGAGGCUAAUGCAGGAUCAAAUCCAAGCAAUACCAUGACGCCUCUGGCCUUCAUCUUGGCACUGCUGUGAUCACAGAGGCAAACCGUCCUUUCCAUGACUGUGUUUUUCUUGUGACAUUUAGUGAUGACCAGAAGACGGUUUCCAGCAGUCCACCUUCUCGGAAUCCAUGCCCGCUUGACGCUAGUCCAUGUUUCUGAACUCCGCCUGCCAAGUGCUCAUCUCAUUCAGCACAAGAGAUACAGUCUUGGAAAGCAAGGGGAUGUAGGUUCUCUCCACCUGGGAAGGUAUCUUUGGGGGCCUUAAAAGGAAAGUGGCACAGGAAAGAAAGAGCUGGUGGGGCCCUGGAGCUCCGGCUGCUGGGGAUUCGGGCUUAUCCGUCCUGACCUGUCUGCCUCUAGUGUUUGUCCCGUCCAGGUGGGCAGCAGGGGGUUCUCUUCUAUCUCCCCCCGGGCCUCCCAGGGGGCUGAAGAUGAGCAGGGACAACAUGCCAGCAUCGCAGAAUUCAGUGCAGUUUACACAUCUCAGUGGCCUCUCAUCUCAGCAAAAUGUGCGCCACCAGACCCUUUUCUGACAAUGCCACCAUCCUGGACUAACAUGGCUAGGAGUUGGGUAAUCAGGUUCACCAGCAAUAAAAUCCUGGGCCGAGGCAGCCCCCAGUGUCAUGUCUUCCAGGCACUGAGGUGGCCCCAGUGAGGAGGUGGCCCCAGUGAGGAGCCAGCCCCAGAGUCAGGUGCCGUCCUGCAGCAUCCGCUGUCCUUGCAGCCCAGGGCUGGGAGGAGGGAGCUGGGCUUUCCUUAAAGGCAGCUUCCACCUUCCUCUUCCCAAAGUGGCUUCCUGAAUUUGUAAAUGUAAAAGUAAAAUAAAAUUUAAAAUAUGUGCCAAACCUGA